AUGAGCAAUGGAAAAGGAAGCGCGAAGGGAUACCAGUUAUCAAUGCGAUACCAGAUUGAGGAGAAUUUGAGGUCACUGAAGCUACUUCGCUACUUCGUCGCCUGGUCCGUUGUCGUGAACAUUGUGUUGAUGGGCUGGGUGGGCUGGUCGCUGCUUGCCUUUAAUGAGAAUGAGCUGGAUUCUCAAGUGAUGAUGGCAUGCCUCGAGCUGCUGAACGCAUGUGCAAUUUUUGCUUUUACUCCUAUUAGCCUGCUCACCGUCGCCGACUGGCGAUAUCAAUUUUUGAUGCUAUUGUGCAGG